UGUACAAAUGUACAUCAAGUGCACGUCUCGUAAGCGUAUCAUCGAUCAUCAGCAGCCAUCAUAUCAGUUUCGCAUUGAUUGCCUUUCGGUCAACCCGUCUGCUUUCUACUCACUCGUGUCUCUCCCGGCCGUGGUGGUUUUGUUUAGUUUGCUCGUAUCCGCAGAAGAUGGCAGAUCCAGUGGUGAUUGUAUCUGCAGUUCGAACUCCGAUUGGUUCCAUCAAUGGAGCGCUUUCAUCUCUGGCUGCAAACCAGCUCGGCACAAUUGUCAUCAAAGAGGCCCUUCAGAGGGGAAAGGUCAAUCCCGGUGAUGUGUCAGAGGUCAUCCUGGGUCAGGUUUUAACGGCCGGGGAAGGUCAGAAUCCAGCGAGACAAGCCAGCGUUAAUGCCGGAAUUCCAGUCACUGUACCCGCAUGCACUGUCAACAUGGUUUGCGGGUCAGGAUUGAGGGCUGUUGUUCUUGGUUCCCAAGCCAUACAGUGUGGUGAUGCGACAGUAGUUGUAGCAGGUGGCCAAGAGAGUAUGAGCAAGGCACCUCAUACUGUCCACAUGAGAAAUGGCGUCAAGUUUGGGGAUUGUUCAUUGGCAGACACAUUAAUAUCUGAUGGAUUGAAAGAUGCUUUCAACAAGUAUCACAUGGGAAUAACAGCUGAGAAUGUUGCCAAGCAAUGGAACGUCUCCAGGGAGGAGCAAGACGAGUUUGCACUGAAGUCUCAACUCCGCUGUGAAGCAGCCCAGGGAAAAGGGGCUUUUGAUGAAGAAAUUGUUCCGGUGACAAUAACCCAAAGGAAAGGGAGUACAGUUGUAAAGAAGGAUGAAUUUCCACGGCAGGGUUGUGUGAUAGAGAAUUUUGCCAAACUCAGAGCAGCAUUCAUUCAAGAUGGAACAGGCACAGUGACAGCAGGGAAUGCAUCAGGUAUCAAUGAUGGUGCAGCAGGGCUUGUGCUGAUGAAGAAGUCGGAAGCUGAAAGGAGAGGUAUCGCUCCAUUAGCAUCCAUUGUUAAUUGGGCACAGGCUGGUGUUGACCCUGCUGUCAUGGGAACUGGACCCAUACCUGCAAUCAAGAAAGCUUUGGAAAAGGCAGGCUGGAGUAUAUCAGAUGUGGAUCUGUUUGAGUUGAAUGAGGCUUUUGCUUCUCAGUCUCUGGCUGUUGUCAAGGAGUUAGGAUUAGAUUCAGCUAAGGUCAACAUAAAUGGUGGUGCUAUAGCUUUGGGUCACCCCAUAGGAGCAUCAGGUGCACGUAUUCUUGUGACGCUGCUGCACGCACUCAAACAGACAGGCGGGAAGAAAGGCGUGGCUGCAUUAUGUGUGGGAGGGGGUAUGGGCAUUGCACUGUGUGUCGAAUUAUAAAAUCCUCGUUUUGGGGAACGCCUUCAACCCUAGCACCAUUAUGUACUACAUUGUAUUUGUUCCCUGAAGUAUCUAUAAAACCAUAGAGUGCUUGGGCAGAAGAGGGAGUAAUAGGCAGGGCAGUUUAGGGCAGUACAGGGACUAAUGGGUUUAAAAGUGAUUGAACAGUAACAAACUUGGCAGCUGAAAUUCUGGAUGAAAUUGGCAGGAAUUCAGAUUUUUGAAGCUCUGCUUGUUAUAAUUUAAAUAAAUGUAUGUGGAUGAGAUGGCUGUGGGGAAAAGGAGGACAUUUCGAACAACAACGUUGUUUGCUGAAAUAAAGUAGACAUGACCGACAGCUUUGUUUACUUGCUUGUCUGGAUGAAGGGACAUUUUGUUAUUAUGGAUUUGUCUUGGACAAGGCAGGCUUGUUUAUCAAAUUUUUGAGGAAGUAGAAACCCUUUCUGAAAGAAUUCCACACCCAAAGAUAGUUACUAAUAUUUUAGUAAGACAGUAUCUUGUAUAACUCGGCAAAUACCUGUUUCAAGGUGUAGUUGUCCUUGAACAUUGUUUAACUGAUAAUUGAUGGGGGUGCUUAGUAAAUUCGAUUUUUUUUUCUGAAUAUUGCUAACAUUCCAAAAGCUAGAUGGGCUGGCCCCUUUAAAAUGUGGCCUUGUAAGUAAAUACUAUUUUCUUAAAGGCUUCUUAGUUAGGCAAAUUUGCCAAAAUCUUCUGAAAUUUUUGAAACAAUUUCACAUUUCCCAAUACACUUAACGAGUCUAACAUCUGUUUAGAAUCCCAGUUGUUAAAAAAAAAUGUAAAAUUGUCUUGAGUCGUAUUUUUUUUGCUCUUUGACUAAUUUAUGAAUGGGUUAAACCUAAUUUCCCUUGAAUAGUUGACAACUCAUAACUUAACUGCAUGUGUUGGUCUUAUCUCAACAUGACAAAUCAUGUGAUCUUUAGCAUUUCUA